ACGGAAAGCUGGGCCACCUCAAAACCCUCCGGCUCCAUCUAGCCAAAAACCCUAGUCCUAUCAGAGUGUUGGAACCGAGCUCCAGGAGUAUCCAUGGCGAACAGGCGGUGCCUCCUCGCUUUGACCCGCUACACCUCGGCCCUCUUCUCCACAAACAUCAGUCUCUCUUUCCACCUAACACCGCUUCCCCUCACCGGCCAAUCGCUCAAAACCAUCGCUUCCAAAUUGGCCCACGAUUAUACCACUAUCGGACCUACUCGGUGCUCCCAUUGGUCCCACCCUCGGCAUUUCUCUUCCAACAGGGACACCGAGGCCGAAGGCGAAGACGAGGACGCCGAGGAUGACGAUGACGAUGACGAUGACGAAGAACUGUGCGAAAGUAGCGAGGAUGAGAACGAUGGUAAUGCAUCGGUAUCGAAUUUCAAAACAGAGUACACGGCGGAAGAGAGAGAGGCUGAGGCGGCGGCGAUUGGUUACAAGGUGGUUGGCCCGCUCGAGCGCUCCGACUGGGUUUUCAAGUCCUACGAGCCUAUUUUCGCUGUCGUUCAGAUUGGGUCGCAUCAGUUCAAGGUGAGUAACGGGGAUUGCAUUUUCACCGAGAGACUGAAAUUCUGCGAGGUGAAUGACAAGUUGAUCUUGAACAAGAUCCUCUUGCUCGGCUCCAGUAGUCAGACCAUUAUUGGCAGGCCCAUUGUACCAGAUGGAGCUGUUCAUGCAGUUGUUGAGGAGCACGCAUUAGAUGCAAAGGUAAUUAUCUUUAAGAAAAAGAGAAGGAAGAACUAUCGUCGCACCAAAGGACAUCGCCAAGAGCUGACUAAAUUAAGGAUAACUGAUAUUCAAGGAAUUGAGAAACCUGAAAAGAUAGCCACUGGGACGUCUACAAACAGUGCCGGGAAGAAGCCUGAAAAAGUUGCAGUUGCUGCUUAAGAGGUUUAGCCCGAGGCUAUAUACACCAACAUUAAUGGAUGUCCAUGUCAAUACCGUCUGUGUUUUGAAUUUUUGAUGCUAUAUGAUGAGCAUGAUCACAUUCUAAUUGGGGACCAUGUACAUCUUGGAUGUCAAGUCGAGCAGAUAACCAACCACCAUCCAAUUGGGCAGAUGUUGGACUUGUGUUUCCCGUUAUCUUUUGUAGUUAGCAGUUCGAAUCGUUAAACCUUUUGUGCAAUCAAUCAAUUUUGUUCCCAAAACAGAGAUGUUUUCGAGGUCUUAGAGAAUUACAUAUUUGCUCCUAGAUUCUACCUAACUCUAGGAGCCUAAAGCAUAUAUUGUGGUUGCAACCUCGUGUAAUAAAUCUUCUUGUAUCCCUUUAAAUGGCACAUGUUUGCACAUUACAUAAUGAUCAUACCUACUUUGCAUU